GAAGUUGUGGAGGAAGGACUAAACUGGAACCAAUUGCGUGGCGCCUGAGGGGGGCAGCGCGGUCAGUGGCGGCACUGAAGAGACCGGUUGCCGCCAUGAUAGAACAACAGAAGCGUAAGGGCCCAGAGUUGCCGCUGGUUCCAGUCAAGCGGCAGCGGCAUGAGUUGCUGCUGGGAGCGGGGUCGGGCCCAGGAGCCGGGCAGCAGCAGGCGACGCCGGGAGCUUUGCUGCAAGCGGGACCUCCAAGGUGUUCCUCCCUUCAAGCCCCAAUCAUGCUGCUCUCUGGACAUGAAGGGGAAGUAUACUGCUGCAAGUUCCACCCCAACGGAUCCACCUUAGCAUCUGCAGGAUUUGACCGACUGAUAUUGUUGUGGAAUGUCUAUGGUGACUGUGAUAACUAUGCCACACUGAAAGGACACAGUGGAGCAGUGAUGGAAUUGCAUUACAACACAGAUGGCAGUAUGCUCUUCUCAGCAUCCACAGAUAAAACUGUGGCUGUGUGGGAUAGUGAAACAGGCGAGAGGGUUAAAAGGCUAAAGGGACAUACCUCCUUUGUGAAUUCCUGUUAUCCAGCCAGGAGAGGCCCUCAGCUUGUCUGCACUGGCAGUGACGAUGGCACAGUUAAGCUUUGGGACAUCCGGAAGAAGGCAGCCAUCCAGACGUUUCAGAACACGUACCAGGUGUUAGCUGUGACCUUCAAUGACACAAGUGAUCAGAUUAUUUCUGGUGGAAUAGACAAUGAUAUCAAGGUCUGGGACCUGCGCCAGAACAAGCUAACCUACACCAUGAGAGGCCAUGCAGAUUCAGUGACUGGCCUGAGUUUAAGUUCCGAAGGCUCUUAUCUUUUGUCCAAUGCAAUGGACAAUACAGUUCGUGUCUGGGAUGUCCGGCCAUUUGCCCCCAAAGAGAGGUGUGUAAAGAUAUUUCAAGGAAAUGUGCACAACUUUGAAAAGAACCUUCUGAGAUGUUCUUGGUCACCUGAUGGAAGCAAAAUAGCAGCUGGCUCAGCCGACAGGUUUGUGUACGUGUGGGAUACCACAAGCAGGAGAAUAUUAUAUAAGCUGCCCGGCCAUGCUGGCUCCAUCAACGAAGUUGCUUUCCACCCUGACGAGCCCAUCAGCCUAAGAGUCACAAACUCAGAUGCCAGUAGGGGCCAGAGAGGAAAAACAACUGGUGAAGCUGCUGCGUUUAAGACAGUGAUCGGUGGGCAAUGCCACACUGUUGGCCACUGUAGUAACCUCAGGUUUUCUUCCCAGGGUUUUCUUGGGCACACCUGUGCUAUUCAUCUUUGCUUCCGAAGCUUCUAACACAAUACCUGGCACAGUAACCAAACUUAAGUGACCCAGAAGUGUUGAAAUCCAGCUCUGCCCCUAAGGUGCUAUGUAACUGUAAAGAACUCCCUCGGCAUCUCUGCCCUUCAGGUUCUCCCUUUCUUUCUCUCUCCCCUCUUCAAAAAAAGGCACCUUGAAGAUCAUCUAGGCCAAUGGGUUUUCUACUUUGUUCGUUAGAGACCUUGGACUGAGGAGCUGAUUUUGGAAGCCUUCACAGGAGGCGAGGGCACAUUGAGAGAACAGGUUGCUAGUCCUCUUUCCCUAUACAAUCAGAUAAGUUCUACUUUUUUCUGUUUUAGAAAUGUAUGCUUUCUUUUGAAGAAAAGGGUCUACUGUUAAAAAAGAAAAGUUUGAAAACAUAAGGAAUGGUAUAGGCAAAGUAGCUCUGCCUGGGAUCAAAUCCUAUUCUAUGACUUCCUUGUUAUAUGACCCUGGGCAAGUGAUCUAACCUCAGUUUCCUUAUCUAGAAAAUGGAGAUGAUGAUAAUAGCACCUCCCUCAAAAGAUUGUAGUGAGGUUUAAUGAGUUAAUACAUAGAAAUUGUGCCUGGCACAUCGUUUUUGUUUUUUGGGAUUUUUUUAAGGCAGUGUCUUGCUCUGUCACUCAGGCUGGAGUAUAGUGCCACAGUCAUG